AUGGAGUAUGUGGAUGUAGAUGCUGAUGGUAGUGCUGGGGGCUUAUUGUGUAUUUGGAACCCUGAGAGAUUUAAGCUUGUUGAUUGCUAUGGCUCAAGAAACUUUAUCAUUCUAUCAGGUACUGUUGGUCUAUCUUUUGAUUGCUCUGUGGUGAAUCUUUAUGCUCCAAAUGAUGUUUGUAAGAGAAGGCAGCUGUGGGAAUUAUUGAAGAGAAUGAAAAUUUCCUACCCUAAUCCAUGGUGCAUGGGCGGAGAUUUUAAUGAAAUUAGAUUUCUCAGUGAAAGGAAGGGUUGCUCAAGAAGGGAGAGAGGCAUGAAUGAUUCUAAUGAGUUGGUAGAUCAGUUGAGUCUAGUUGAUUUGCCAAUGAGGGGUAGAAGUUUUACGUGGUGCAAUGUACAAGAUGGGGAGAGAUGGAGCAGGAUAGAUAGAUUCCUUUUGGAGAGUAGUUGGCUUGAGUUCUCUUUCAAGCAAUGGGGUCUGCCUAGAACAAUUUCUGAUCACUGUCCAGUCCUAUUAAUGGAGGAUGAGCGGAAUUGGGGACCAAAAGCUUUCAGGUUUAUUAAUGCUUGGUUACUUCAUCCUACUUUCAAAACAGUGGUGAAGAGCUCAGGGGAUGAAGAAGUUCAACCAGGUUGGGCUCGGUUCAGAUUGAUGAGGAAGCUAGCAACACUCAGAGUCAACCUCAAAAGAUGGAAUUCAGAGGUGUUUGGCCAUGUGGAAACUCAACUAAAGCAAGCAGAGGAGGAUUUACAUGCACUGGAUUUGGUGGCAGAAGAAAGAUCAUUGUCAAAAUUAGAAGUAAGUAGAAGGAGAGAAGUUAGAGGGCAGGUUUGGAAUCCGAGUACAAGGAGAGUUUAUGGCAUCAAAAAUCUAGAAUGGUGUGGGCUAAGUGUAGGGAUAAGAAUACAAGGUUAUUUCACAUGUUGGCAAGUUCAAGAUAAAGGAGAAAUUUACUUGAUUCAGUUGUGGAAGAUGGGGUCAGGUUGGUGGAGCUAG